GAGUGAGCAUCCCAACGACCCAAUCGCUGCUCAACUACGUGCUGCUUGCUGCCGUGUAUGGCGCCGUGCUGCUGCACCGCAAGGCACCCCUCACUGUUCCGUGGCGUGUGCUCCUGCUCGCAUCCUUUCUUGACGUUGAAGGGAACUACUUUGUCGUGCUCGCCUUCCGCUUCACCUCAUUGACGCGAGUCACUCUGCUCGACUGCUGGGCCAUCCCAGCAGCCAUGCUGCUGGCGGCGCUCUGCCUCUCCACGCGCUACCACGCCUCCCAUGUCACCGGCGCGCUGCUGUGCACUGCUGGCCUUGCCAUGCUGCUUCUCUCCGAUGCAGGUCCCUCCAAGCACGGAGGCAGCACAGCCACUGGCAGCAGCAGCAACGCGACUCUGGGCAAUGUGCUUGUGCUUCUCGGUGCUACUCUAUAUGCUGCUUCCAAUGUGACUGUGGAGUACCUGGCUCAUCGAGUCGAGACAACAGAGCUGCUGGCCUUCAUUGGUUGCGCUGGAUCCCUCAUUAGCUUCACACAGCUUCUUUUCCUAGAAGGAGCAGACCUGCACUCCCUGCGCUUCGAUGCCCACACUGUCCUCCCCAUGGUGCUCUUCUCGAUCGCCCUCUUCGCCUUCUACUCCUCACUCCCCUCAUGCUCCGUAGACGCAAUUGUCCACCACCCAGCUUACCAUCUGGGUGGUGCCGCUCUCUUCAACCUCUCCCUCCUCACAUCAGACCUCUGGGCGGAGUGGCGGCUCUUGUCUUUAACCAGCCUGUUGAGAGCAUUUAUUUCACUUCUCUUGCGGUGGUUUCUGUGGGCCUAG